AUGCCCCGCGUCACCGUCGACCGGACCAUCCGCGACGGCUCGGGCGGACGGGUAUGUCUCCAGACGGCGGGCCCGUGGUUCCAGUACUCCAUUCCGCUCGUCAUCCAGACCGUCAUGACGACGUGCAACAACACGUCGGGCGGGCCGCCCGGCGCUCCUCCCGCUCCGACCUUGCCCGAAUCCGAGGACUGCCUCUUGCUCGACGUGACGGUGCCCAAGUCUGUGUGGAAUGCCCGCGAGACGACCAAGAGGCCGGUUCUGGUGUGGAUCCACGGUGGCGGUUACAUCCAGGGUUCCAAGGAGAGUGCCGUCGUGCCCGAACUCAUUGCGAAGAGCCAGGCGAACAACAAGGGCGGCAUGAUCAUUGUCUCCAUCAACUAUCGACUGCGAGGGCCAACUUCAGCUUUACUCACCGCACAAAACCUCUCGCAGCGGUCUCUUCGGCUUCCCCCUCGCCAGGCAUGGCAGUGGGACGUCGCCUCCAACGCGGGCCUCUACGACCAGCGCCUUGCCCUCGAAUGGCUCAAGGUCACCGUCAUCGGCGAGUCCGCGGGCGCCGGCAGCAUCAUGACGCACCUGUCGGCGUUUGGCGGCAUCGACGGCACCUCGCCGUUCCAGCGCGCCAUCGUGCAGAGCCCCGCCAUCAAGCCCGCCACCAACGCCGCGCGGUACGCCCAGCUCUUCCAGACGUUCCUCGAUACCGCGGGCGUGGCGAGCUACGCGGAGGCGAGGGCGUUGUCUACCGAGCAGCUGCAGGGUGUGAACAAUGCCAUGGUGGGCCAGUCGGCGUUUGCUGAUACCAUUUUCGGCCCCAACGUCGACGGCCUCUUCAUCCCCGACGAGCCCGUCCGCCUCAUGGCCCGCAAAAUGGUCGACAAGAACGUCCAGCUCAUCGUGGCCCACAACUCCGACGAGGGCCUCUUGUUCACGGACCCCGCCUUCUUCCAGGGCCUCAUGCCCAACGUCCCCGCCGCCAAGAUCAACACCCUCGCCUCCACCGUCUACCCGCCCGUCUUCACCGGCGCCCAGCCCUACACCACCAUGACGGAGCGCCUCAAGCUCGCCGUCGGCGACGCCCUCUUCAGCUGCAACGCCGUCGCCAUCAACGCCGCCUACGGCAACAAGACGCGCGGCUACCAAUGUGUCGUAUACUUUUUCAACGGCGCGGUGGCGGACGCGACGAUCCCUUUGCUCAUUGACGUGCCUACCGCGACCACGAUGCAGAACAUCUUUGUUGAUUUCACUAUUCGUGGGACUGCGCAGGGGAGUGCUGCUAACCAACUGCCCGUUUACGGUGCUGGGGCUAGUGUGGCGAACUUUGAUGGUGCGGCGAGCCUUGCCGUGAUUAGGGAUCCGUCGGCCAGCAGCCGGUGCCAGUUCUGGAACCAGGGCUUCUAA